AUGUACAACCGUGAAGCUGGACAGCUGGGGAUGCCCGGCUCGCUCAGGGCAGAACGCCACCCUUUCACAGAAGCUGGGCAGCUGGGGAUACCUAUUUCGCUCAGGGCGGAAUGUCGCGCCUUCACAGAAGCCGGGCAGCUGGGAAUGCCCGGCCAGCCCAGGGCAGAACGCCGUCUGCUUCAGGGAAGCCGAGCACCCCAGAACACCCAAUCAGCUCAGGGAUGGAAGACUGUGGAUUCAAAGAAGGAAAGAAAAGCUGAUAAAGAAGUUCCCUCCUCUAUGUUUGAUGAGAAUUUGGAACCAGGUGGCAGAGACCCAACAAGGAGAGGUUUGAGAACUAUUGCUUUGCAGAGAUUGCUACAACUAUGUAAAAUGCUUAAAGUCCUCCAAAAGCUGAAAGAUUUAACUGACAUGUCAAAUGUACUGAAAAUGGAAAGAGCACAGCACAGAACUAAGGAAGAACGUCCGGCAUUAUUGCAGGAAGAAAUAGAUAAAAUAGCAGAAACCAUAGAGCCAAUGACUGGGAAUAUUCAGAGCCUACAGAACAGAAUUCAAGUUCUGACAAGUGAGGUGGAAGAGGAGGAGGAGAAAGUAAAACAGAUGUUUCAAAUAGACAGUGGGAUACUCUGUCUUCCAGAUCUUUCUCAGAAGAGUCUCAAAGCACCCACACUUCAGAAAGAAAUGUUGACAUCAAUUCCAAACCAUAAAGCUCUUCUGAGAGACUUAGAUAUUCUCCAUAACUCAUCCCAGAUAAAGAAUAUGUUAACUUUCAUCGAAGAAGCCUAUAAGAGACUGGAUGCCCUUUAA